GACACAUCAAGGAGACGGUUCCAUUACGCGUUUACAUCUUCGCGUGCCCGACCGAACCCAGGCAAAAUUAUUUUCCCCAUCUUAUCUCUAAAUCUUUCAUUAAAAUUCCAUGGAUAACCCUUCCAGACCCGUCAGCGGCUAUCCCGCUCCCAACCAAAAUGGUCACCUUCAUCCGCCUCCCAACACCGCCUACCCUUACGCGGCUCCGCCGCCGUCCUCUCAGCCCUACGCCUACAACCCUUAUUAUCAAGCCCAGACUCCUAUUUACCGCCGCCCCGCCUUUGUCCGUUCCUUCGUUAUCACAAUGAUCGCCCUUGCUAUCAUCUUCGGGGUCAUUCUUUUCGUCUUUUGGCUCGUCGUUCGGCCACGUGUCCCUGAGUUUUCUCUCACUUCUCUCUCUGUUUCCAACUUCUCUACCAAUAACUCUCAACUUACUGCCAACUGGGACGCGCGCCUACAGGCCUAUAACCCCAAUAAGAAAAUGAGCGUCUACUAUGACGACGUCGAUUCGGCGAUUUUCCGCGACUCUGUGCCCUUGUCACAAACACAAAUGCCUCCUUUUAACCAGGGCACACGCAAUCGGACGGAAUUAAAUGCCAAGUUCGCGGUAGUUGGUUCCUAUAUUGGAAAUAAAGCGUUGAAUGGUAUAAAUUCGGAUAGGAGUGGUGGAUCGGUGAAGUUUGAUUUCAGGCUGGAGGCUUUGGCGAGGUUCAAAUACCGUGGGUGGAGACUGAGGAGAAAAUGGGUUAGGGUUUGGUGUGAUGACGCGGCGGUCAGUCUUUCGUCUAAUAAUCAAUCGGGAAACUUGGUAGGUGGUUCCAAGAAGUGUAGGGUUGCUAUUUAGGUAUGUUUGUUUGUCUGGGUAGUAGUUUUUAGCUCGCAUUUAUCUUGAAAUAUACCUAGUUUUUUUAAGGAUUUAAUGUAAUUUCAAGAUGAAUUAUAUAUGUUAUUAUGUGAAUCAAUGCUGUUUAGAUGUACAUGGACUAGGGGUUGGGUGGCUGUAUAAUCUAUGCUCUUAUUUAUUGCUGCUAUUCAAUUGAAAAUAUUUUUGGUUUUCCUUA